AUGGCCCCCUUUGAUGAGCGAAGGGACGACUUGGAUGCGUACUUGCAUCGCUUUGAGAGGAUCGCGAUAGGGCAGGACUGGGAGAGGGUGCCCCGGCGGCCAUCACGCAUCAAGCUGCUUCUCCCUCCACACCCGACGAUGGACGACGACGCGGCCCCGCAGCGGAUCGUCGCACCGGGAGAGUCGUCGCCGGAGUGGAUCAAGCGCACGCUCCGAGACGAACGCUACCACGGCUACGGCGGGGAGCUCACCGUCAGUUCCACAAAGUUUCAGACGCCAGCGCUGCACGCUUUCCUCAAGGCUGGCAAGGAGCUGGGCUACGAAGUCAAUGACCACAACGGAGCUCGGCAGACAGGCUUCAUGGCUAACCAGUUCACUGUUCGGGGAAAAGAGCGGUGGUCGACGGCGAAGGCCUUCAUACUACCCAUCUCUGGAAAAAAGGGACGCAAGAAUCUCCACGUAUCGAUCUUCUCCAAGGCCACAAAGAUCUUGUUCGACGGAAAGCGUGCGGUGGCUGUCACCUUCAAAAAGGACCAGCGCAAGCACACCGUUCGAGCCACAAAGGAAAUCAUCAUUUCUGCAGGAGUCAUAAACUCACCCAAGCUGCUCAUGCUGUCGGGAGUUGGACCAAGGAAGCACCUCGAAGAAAUGAAGAUCCCGGUGGUGGCGGAUCUUCCGGUUGGCGAGAAUUUGCAAGACCACGCCUUGGCCGCCGGCUCGCUGGUGCACCUGAACGAGAGCCUGGGCGAGGGAUUCACUGGCGUCAGAGGAGCCCUUGAGUACUACCGAUACAACACGGGACCUUGGACCCUACCAGGAGGCAUCGAGGGCAUUGCUUUCUACAAGACGAAGUACGCUGAUCAGAACGACGACUUUCCCGACAUCGAGAUCAUGUUGAACACGGGCCCACCGGCUUCUACCUACACCGAGCCUUUCCUUAUCGGCUUGGGCUUGAAGCAAGAGGUGUACGACAAGUACAUCUUGCCGCACCGUGGGGAGCCAGCAGUCAACAUGAUCCCUUUUGUGACACGGCCGAAGUCACGAGGAUACGUAAAGCUGCGUUCUACAGACCCUGAAGAUCCUCCGAUAAUUGUCUCUGGCUACUACACACAUCCCGACGACGUUAAAGUCAUCGUUGAGGGCCUGAAGUUCGUGCACAACAUCACGAAGACGAAGGCUUUUGCCGAGAUCGGUGGCCGUGUGUGGAGCGAGGUGUUUCCUGGCUGCGAGGAACACGAGCAAUACAGUGACGAAUAUUGGGCUUGCUUGGCACUGGCUUUCCCAAAGACGGCGUACCAUCCGGCCGGAACUUGCCGAAUGGGCAGUGACCACAGGGCAGUGAUCGACCCAAGGAUGAGGGUCCGCGGUGGCGUCACAAGCCUUCGCGUGGUGGACACGUCGGCCAUUCCGGAGAUGAUCACCGGGCACCUCAAUGCUCCGGUCAUUAUGAUGGCCGAAAAGGCGGCCGACAUGAUCCUGGAGGACAACGGGAACGUAGUUCCGGACUCGCCCAGGGCCAACUACCGCGUCCGAGGACGCUCCCCGAAAGAAUCACAACACGGAGCCCAUUCGGCUGCUGCUUCCUCGAGCCUCUUGCAGGCUGCGUCGUGGCCGCUGCUCAGGGCGAUAGCGCCCGUCUUACUGGCUUGUUUGACAGUUUCGUGACGCUCCGCUUGGGUGCUGUCGGUGUCAGAGAAGCAGCUAGGACAUACUAUUUCGCAGACACUUUCACUACGCCAUAUUACACGACAUCCACACGGUACCUUGUUUCGUCGUUCAGUCAUCAGCUGGCCUGAAUGUAGAACACAUAAUUUAAGUUCACCAACAUGCUAGGGAGAAUGCAAAUGCAAUGUAUUACAGCAGUUAAUGCCAACUCAUUCUUUUCUGUCGAAGGACACGCCAGAAAACCACCUGUUCACUUCCCUUGAUUUGUGGUAAGCUCUGUUGCCGUUGCUUAGAGAAGGGUUAAGUAAGCAACCGGCCGCAUUCCUGGUUAGGCACCCCGCCAAUUCCUUAUCUUUAUCUCUCACUUUCUCCUGUUUAAAUUGAUUUAUUUUAUUGUCGAAUGUUUCGUUUAAUCGUGGUGCUCGGAAAGGUGCGCUACGAUGUCCUUGGUCUAUUCCAUGCGGAACAACUCGUGAAUUUUACCUAUAAAUUAAAUAGAGCAUUUCCUCGUAAACGCCGCUCAUAAGAGAAGCACCAGUUAUAACAUGACAAAAAAUGACUGUCGUGUUUGCUACCUCUUAUUCAAGAAACAAUAACCAAAAUAGAAGUACAGAUUUUAAAUUGUAAAUUACUUUGACGUACGUAAUUAGGAAUAUUUCUGCAGUAAUGUGGCAACACAUUAAGAAAUUUGUAGAAACUCUACGUUGUCGAUCAAUACAUCCGGCAAGCAGUGUUCGCCUGUUUGACAAAGUUCCUGUACGCCCCGUUUUCACUUAAACGCGAUAUUAGUGUACGUGUUUCAUGUUAUUACGCAGUUAAAGUGAGCACCAUGUGCUGAACCUUAGGUCCUGCUGUUCCUCAGGCGCUCGCAGAUGUCAGUACCUAUUUUAUCGGAAGACGAUCAAGGCAGAGUUUGUUGUGUUUGAUGUGCCGUUUUUCGACCCACGGCAGUAGAGGAACGUGAACGCCUCAAGUGUUUCCUGUGGUUCAUGCGCUUGGUAUUUCUCCUCUUCCCUUCUUUCUAGCAAUAUUUUUCCUAACGUCUGUGCUGGAUACCCAUGCAUCUAGUUUAGCUCCUUGCCUUUCUCUCUGGGCUUUCUCACAAGAAAGCUGGAAGAUUAUGUGUAGAGAGCUGGCUGGCAUUUUUCUUUUGCACGUUAUCAGUAACGAUGUAAUGGUGCCCAUAAAAAGGCACAACGGAUCUCAAGCUUUGUCGUACAUGAUGAUUUCUGCAUACAGCCACUUGGAUCUUUCGGCAGAAGACGUCUUCUCCCUCCUUAACUGGACGCCAUCAAUGUAAUAGAAUGUAGUGGGUCGACGGGGUUGUGCUACACGAAUAAUAACAGAGCAUGUACGUACGAACCGUUGCUGUUGUUGCCUUAUUGUUGUGUUCAAUUUUUCUUCGUUUUACUUAUGGCAUGUGUGUUGAAAGAUGUUCCGAAUAAAAGCUCCAUUCUC